AUGGUUCAUGUAUGCAACUGUUCUGAGGACCAAAAUCUUCAUGAUCUGGUGAAAGAUUAUUUUGCCCUGGACAAUGUUGGCACUGGAAGCCUGAUUGUACCGGAGUCGGCUGAAGAUCGACGAGCGCGUAUGAUUCUACAGCAUACUACAAAACGGACAGAUUCUGGCAGAUUUGAAACGGGGUUGCUUUGGAAGGCCGAUGAUGUCGAAUUUCCAAAUAGUUAUCCGAUGGCCCUACGACGGCUAAAAUGUUUAGAGCGCCGACUGCAGGCAGAACCAGAACUACAAAAAGCAAUUGCCGAACAAAUUACCGAAUAUCUGGAACGCGGAUACGCUCAUAAAGCAACCACUAAAGAGCUAUCUGAGACGAACCCUAAAAAGGUGUGGUAUUUGCCGUUGGGUGUAGUUCAUAACCCUCAUAAGGCGAAUAAAAUUCGUGUUGUCUGGGAUGCCGCGGCCAAGGUCGGAGGAAUAUCUCUCAACUCCGCUCUAUUGAAAGGACCGGACUUACUAACGCCUCUUUUAUCGGUUCUAUGUCGUUUUCGACAGAAAAAGUUUGCCAUAUCGGGUGAUAUUCGGCAGAUGUUCCAUCAGCUGCUAGUUCGAGAAGAAGAUCGUCAAUUUCAAAGGUUCCUGUGGCGAGCUGACACGGCAUCCGCUCCAGACAUCUACGUUAUGGAUGUGGCCACGUUUGGUGCAACAUGUUCCCCGUGCUCUGCACAGUAUGUGAAAAAUUUAAAUGCGAUGGAGUUCACCGACCGUUAUCCUGACGCAGCGUCAGCUAUUAUUAACAACACAUACGUCGACGACUAUUUGGAUAGCAGAGACACCGUUGAAGAAGUAAUUAGCCUGGCGUGCGACGUUCGUUCAAUACAUAGUGAAGCUGGCUUUGAAAUCCGGAAUUGGCAGUCAAACUCUCAGCAGGUUCUCACACGGGUCGGGGGAGAAACCUCUGAUGUUAUAAAAAGCUUCACGGUCGAGAAGGCUUCAGUGGCUGAGCGAGUCCUAGGGAUGAUGUGGAUUCCAAAUGAGGACGUGUUUGUGUUCACCGCGCAAUUUCGAGCAGACCUUCGUCCGCUUCUGAUUGGUGAUAAUAUUCCCACCAAACGUCAGGUACUUCAAGUUGUGAUGAGCCUGUUUGAUCCGCUCGGGAUCAUUGCUAACUUUACAAUCCACGGGAAAAUCCUCAUUCAAGACUUGUGGAGGUCUGGAAUCGAGUGGGAUGAUCCCAUAAGAGACGCUGACUUCGCUAGCUGGAGGCGUUGGGUUAGAAUGACACAAGAUUUGGAUCGUGUGAAGAUUCCCAGAUGCUACUUUCCGGAAUACGAUCCGCGUAGCUACCAAUCUUUACAACUACAUGUGUUUGUAGAUGCGAGCGAGCUGGCAUAUUGUUGUGUUGCAUAUUUUCGGAUCGUCGAUGGUAACGGUUCUGGAAGGUGUUCUUUGGUAGCAUCUAAAGCUAAAGUAACUCCAUUACGACCGCAGACUAUCCCAAAAAAUGAACUAAACGCCGCCGUGAUGGGUGUACGUCUUUUCAAGACAAUAGCAGAUGCCCACAAUCUUCCAAUUCAGAAACGGUUUAUCUGGACCGAUUCGACCACUGUACUGUCCUGGCUCAGAGCGGACCCACGAAAGUACCGUCCUUACGUAGCAUUCAGGAUUGCAGAAAUACUCGACGAAACCAAAUUCGACGAGUGGCAAUGGGUUCCAACCCGUAUGAACAUCGCGGACGAGGCAACGAAAUGGGGUGGUGGGCCAAGUUUCGACCCCGGCAGCAGAUGGUUUUGCGGACCGGACUUCCUACUUCUUCCAGAGUCAGAAUGGCCAACGAGUAAAUUCAAUUUAGAAGAACCGACCGAGGAGCUACGGGUUGCCCAAGUGCACCGAGAAGUUCAGAUUCAAACACUUGUCACCUUUUCUGAUUUCUCUCGCUUGGAAGGCCUAUUGAAAAGAUUGGCCUAUAUUCAUCAUUUCGUGAACAAAUGUCGAUUGCAUAAACCAAAGUCAGUGCAAACCCGCAAUGUGAUGCUGAAUCGGGAAGAUUAUGUGGCGGCGGAGCGAAGCUUGUGGAGGAUGGUUCAGGCUGAAGCGUAUCCUGAUGAAAUAACAAUACUAAAAUUAAAUGCAAAUUUACCGUUAAAGCAGCAUAGGCAAUUGGCGAAUUCUAGUGCUCUGAAACGUUUGUCACCAUUUCUAGAUGAAGAUAGUAUUCUCCGACUGGAAAGUAGGAUCGAUCCAAAAGCCGCAUUCUAUAGUUUCGACUUCCGCAAUCCGGUGAUUUUACCCCGACAGAGUUAUGUGACGGAACUACUCAUCCUUCGCAUACAUCAGCGCUACGGUCAUGCCAACAAGGAGACGGUGUUGAAUGAGAUCAAGCAGAAAUUUUACGUGUCAAAGUUGAGAUCAUUGAUUAGUAGCGUGGUAAAAAAAUGCAUGUGGUGUCGCGUUUAUCGAGCCAGACCUGACGAACCAAGAAUGGCCCCUCUCCCUCAGGUCAGAGUGUGCCCCUAUGUACGUCCAUUCACCUUCACUGGUGUAGACUAUUUUGGACCGCUGAUAGUAAAGAAAGGAAGAACCAACGUCAAACGGUGGGUGGCAUUGUUUACCUGCCUCACGGUACGUGCCGUUCAUUUGGAGGUGGUGCAUUCGUUGUCUGCAGAGUCGUGUAAAAUGGCACUACGUCGAUUCAUUAAUAGGAGAGGAAACCCUCAGCAGAUAUUCAGUGACAACGGUACAAACUUUCGUGGCGCAGCGAGGGAGCUAGCCGAGGAAAUUAAAAUCAUUAACCGCAAAUUAGCGGACACAUUCACCAACGCGGAAACAGAAUGGCACUUCAAUCCACCAUCCGCCCCCCAUAUGGGCGGCGUAUGGGAACGAAAGGUUCGAUCCGUCAAAGAGGCGUUCAAAACGCUAUCACAUCCCGACAAGCUGGAUGAUGAAGGACUCACCACACUUUUUACUGAAAUAGAGAUGAUCGUUAACUCCCACCCUUUGACGUUUGUACCAUUGGAAACACCGGAGCAAGAAGUUUUAACGCCGAACAAAUUUCUACUUAUGAGCUCGACGGGGGACAACAAUCCAAGUAGAGUUCCAAUGCAGCAAACAACUACUCUGCGAAGUAAUUGGAAAUUGAUGCAAUAUCUACUAAACCAAUUUUGGUCACGAUGGAUCCAGGCUUACCUUCCAACCAUUGCUAGGCGAACAAAAUGGUUUUCGAACACAAAACCGUUACAGAUCGGUGAUCUUGUAAUCGUGGUCGACGAAUCAGUAAGAAACGGAUGGAUACGUGGCCGCGUGAUUAAGGCAUACCAGGGACCCGAUGGUCAGGUGCGUAAAGUGGAUGUUCAAACGAAUACGGGUAUUCUUCAACGACCAGCGAUCAAGGUGGCUCUCUUGGACGUGCUCGAAGAUAGUAAGGCCAACCAAUGA